UGCGGUGGGUGCCGGCGGGUCUUUGGCUCCGGGCUUUUCCCUGUGUCGUCGCUCUUGUCGCCUUACUCCCCGGGGCCGACCACGGAGAGGGGCGCCCGGUGUCCCUUCUCCGCCACUGUUCACUUGCCUCGCUGCUGCCGGUGUUCCCGCCCAGAGCCAGGUGAUACGGAACUCUGCCAUCGGUGUUUUGGAUACUUCUCAUAAUGGAGUUUCCUGAUUUGGGAAAGCAUUGUUCAGAAAAAACUUGCAAGCAGCUAGAUUUUCUUCCACUAAAAUGUGAUGCAUGUAAACAAGAUUUCUGUAAAGAUCAUUUUACAUGUGCUGCACACAGAUGUCCCUUUGCAUUCAAGAAGGAUGUUCAUGUCCCGGUGUGCCCACUCUGUAAUGUCCCCAUCCCGGUAAAAAAGGGAGAGAUACCAGAUGUGGUGGUUGGCGAUCACAUGGACAGAGACUGUAAAUUUCAGCCUGGGAGGAGCAAGAAGAAGAUUUUUACAUACCGGUGCUCAAAAGAGGGAUGCAAGAAAAAAGAGAUGUUGCAGGUGGCCUGUGACCAGUGUCGUGGCAAUUUCUGUAUCCAGCACAGACAUCCCCUGGACCACAGCUGACACGGAAGCCGCCCCACCAACAAAGCUGGGUGAGAAGAGACUCCCAGCCGCGCGUGGGCUGGCUUGAACGCACAGUAACAUGAGUGGAACUCAUGUAACCUCUAAGGUGGGGAGUGGAGCGACCUAGAGCCUUGCUCCAUACUAAGUGUUGGAUCUUACAUAUUUGCUGUUACAGUUGGGUGAAUAUAACAAAAUUAAAGUUGGAUUCUAGUUGCAUUAGUAUUUUGUGGGUACCGUAAAAUACUACAAACUGGGUGGCUUUUUUUGUUUGUUUGUUUUUGAGACAAAG